UCUGCAAGAAGAUCAGGGUGGGGCUGGUUAAUAAUAAAACAAGGUGUGGCAAAUGACGUCAUUAUAAACUAAUCAAAAUGGCGGCCGUUAGGGUAGAGCUAACUUGAUAUCUUUGCUGCCUCACUCACGCCAUGUCCACUGAAAGAGAAGAAGUGAUGGGUCUAUUACUAGGAGAAAUAAUAGAAGAAGGAGAAGUUGCUGUAGUUCAAGUGUUUUCACUGUACAUGAUGAGGAGACUUGAUAAACAACCUGACAGAGUAGAGAUAUCCCCAGAGCAGCUGUCAUCAGGAGCCAUUGAAGCUGAGGCCUUGAGUGAGAGGAUGAAUAGGACAGUACAAGUGGUGGGUUGGUAUCACAGUCACCCUCAUAUUACUGUAUGGCCUUCACAUGUAGAUGUUCGUACUCAGGCUAAUUACCAGUUGAUGGGUCGUCAUUUUGUUGGUCUCAUUUUCUCGUGUUUUGAAGAAAUUGAUAAAAAAUGCUCCACUAAAGUUAUCUGUUUUCAAUCAAUUCCAAAACUAAACGAUCCUUUAAAUUAUGAACAUGUUACAUUAGAGUGUAAGGUGGUCCCUACAGUACAGGGUACAGUUAGUCCUAUGGCUUCAUCUGGCCUCAUUAGAUUAUUAAAUAUAUUAAUUGAAGAAGAGAAACAUUCAUAUGAGAACAACCAGAAGUUCAGUAAUGAUGAGUUAACACUGUUGCAUAACGGAGCAGUUUAUGUGCAAAGUCUGUCUCAAUUACUUCAAGUGAUUGGAGCUCCUUUAUUGCAGUUAUUACAGGAAUUAUUAAUUAAUAAUAAUAAUGUUAUUAAUAAGUUAGAGAAAGAGAGAGAUAGACUCUUAGUAUCACUAAGCACUGAGGGAGAGUCUGUCUAAUUAUUAUUAUUAUUAUUAUUAUUAUUAUUAUUAUUAUUGUCAUUUUUAUUAUUAAUGUCACUUUUUAUUACGACUUGCUCUUAGGUGAUUAAUAAUAA